AUGAAAGUUUCAUCCGAAGUUGCAUUGGACGGAAGCUCAUUUGCUUUAGUUACUUGUCAAGUGAAGCGGUUCCAGAUGGGAUCGAACAGUGCAACGAUUUUAGUGUACUCGAUAAUUUAUAUGUCAGUGGAGUUCGUAUUGUCCGAAGAAAUAGACUGCGCUAAUUACGACCUGCCAAAUCAUGAUGUCGACCAAUAUGGUUUAUUCGCAAAGAGGUGCAGUGGUAGCAAGAAACUUGGGUUUAGAAAGAUUUUUGUGUUCUAUGCUCGUUUCCUAUCUGAAGCAAACUUCAACAAGCUCUUUGAAAACGUAGAAGAAUCUCGUUUUGAGAUGCAUAUUGAGGAUACAGAUCUCGCAGACAUAAAAAUGCCUCGACUCAUACGUGCACAGCGCCCGCACGAUAAACGUUUAUUUGUAAUACGUGCCAAUGCACAUUUGAAAUCUGUGGAGAUCCCAUUGUCUGCCUUUGACGUCCAAGAGUCUUUUCAUGUUGAAAUUGAUGGUAAUCCGGAGCUUGCCGAUGACGUUCUGGACCGCUUUCAGAAAAAUUGUGAAAAAGGAAUGGGGAAAAAAUGCGACAUCUUUAAAGCUAGUCGUAGGUUUAACUUCGUCAUUAUAGAAGCUCUUGUCGACACCUAUAUUGGUGCGCGGUCGAAGCAUUGCAGAAUUUGA